AUGUCGGAGGGGAGAGAGAGCCCCAGCGCGUCUCCAGAGCGCGGAGACAGAGAGGAGAGGCGGCACGCAGCCCGAGGCACAGAGAAGGGCAGCGAACCUCACGAAGAACGAGGAAAGAAAAGGAGCGGCGGCUCGCCAGAGAGAGAGGAAACACACAGGCCUCGCUCAGAGAGCAGCGACGUGGAAGGCCGUCGGGGCGGUCGCACUCGACACGGCGAGAGAGGGUGGAAGACGCGGGAAGAGAAGGAGGCUCGGACGCCGAAGAGCCCGGAGAGAGAGAGGCGCGACGAGGAGGCGCAGAGAGCCGAGACGAAGCGCGCUGAGGUGUCGUCGGAGGGCGGGGAAGAACAGAGAGAGAGGAAGAGACGGAGGCGCGAAGACAGCAGAGACCAGGAGCGGCGAGGAGAGAGGCUGCGGAAGGGAGAGGAGCCGAGGCGCGCUGGAAGAGAACGGUCUGCAGAGAGAAGGCGGGACGCGCCAGCGAGCCACCGGCGCUUCGCGGAGGACGGCGAGGAGGGGCGGCGAGGGAGGGAGGAGACACGUGAACGGAGACGCGACCGAGAGUCUUUGGAAGACGGCGAAGUCAGAGAGCGCGACUCUCGCGACCCGAGAAAGGGAAGGAGUGGCCGCAGGGAAGGCGACCGAGAGAAGAGACAAGAGGACGACGAGCGAGACAGAGGAGAGAGGGGAGAGAGGGGAGAGAGGCGAAGAGAACGCGAGAAGGAGGCGUACGGCAGGCCGGAGGCGGACGAGACGAGAUCCCGCAGAAGAGAGGUUCUCCGUGGUGCGAGUCGCGAGAGGAAAGGAAGAGACAGAGAGACGAGAAGAGAGCGAGGAGACGAGGGCGGGGAGAACGGAAGAGGGGACAGAAGGGACGAGAGAGAGAGAGAACUGUCGAGGCGUUCGAGGCCUCAGCGCGACGAAGGUGAGAGAAGAAGAGACGAGGCCGUCGGGAACGGAACAGAACGCCGGUCGCGUCGCCCAAGAAGAGGUGAUGGGAUGCUCGCCGCGCUGGACGAAGCUCUGAGUGGCAAGAAGAGAGACGGUCGCGAAGAAAGGCGCACGAAUCGAGAGGCGCGCGACCGAAAGGCCGAAAAGAAGAGAGGGAAGAAAGGCUCCCCGUCUUCCUCUUCCUCUUCGGGAGAUGAUGGCAGGGAGGCGCUCAAGCGGCGGAGCGCAAAGAGUCUGAGUGCGCAGCUCUCGCGCAACGCUCUCUCGGCCGUCGUCCGCCAAGGAGAACGAGAGAGAGAUCAAGAGAGAGAUCAAGAGAGAAGAGGCGGUUUCGAUUCGCGUGUGAAGCGCGAGCCGAGGAGCAGCAGCCGAGAAACUGAGAGAGGCGGCGGGCGGGCGAGAGGCGCGUCGCCUUCGCCGCCUCGCCGCGUUAAGGCGGAAACAGUGAACGGCGAGCGAGACGAGAGAGAAAAGAGGCGAGGCAGAGACGACAGGGGAGCGGAACGCGCAGGCGAGUUCUCCAACCCCGACCUCGUCAAGGAUCUCGAAAGGGACAGCGCGCCCCAAGUCGAUCGGGACAUGGAAGAGUACAUGAAGAAGAAAGUCUCCAAAGUGACAGCAGAGACUCUCGGCCGCGCUGGAGGCGUCUACGUGCCCCCGUUCAAGCUCGCGCGGCUGCAACAACAAAUUGCUGACAAAACUUCCGUCCCCUAUCAACGUCAAGCCUGGGAGGCGCUUCGAAAAUCGAUCAACGGUCUCGUCAACAAAGAAUUGUUUCGCGAGAAUCUCGUCCGAGGCCGCGGGCUGCUAGCUCGGUCCAUCAUCCGCGCGCAGAUGGCGUCUCCAGGCUUCACAAACAUCUACGCGGCUCUUCUGUGCAUCGUCAACGCCAAACUCCCGGAAAUCGGUGACCUCGUCCUCAAACGCGUUAUUCUCCAAUUCAGGCGCGCGUAUCGGCGAAACGACAAGAUUGUUUGUUUGGCCUGCGUCCAAUUUCUCGCGCACUUAGUGAAUCAGCGGGUGGCUCACGAACUCGUCGCACUUCAGCUUUGCGCGUUGCUCCUUGACGAGCCGACCAACGACUCCGUCGAAGUCUGUGUCGGAUUCCUCACGCAAGUCGGGCAAGUUCUUUCGGAGGUUUCUCGUCGCGGCUUCGACGCUGUUUUCGAGAGGCUGCGAGGAAUUUUGCAGGAAGGCCUCGCGGACAAGAAGACGCAGUACACGAUCGAGAAGCUUUGGGACUUGCGGCGACAGAACUUCAAAGACCACCCGGGAGUCCCGGUGGAGCUCGACCUCGUCGACGAGGACGACAAAGUCACGCACGAGAUCGAUCUACUCGCUGAAGACUUGAAAGGCGAAGAAAUGCUCAACGUCUUUCACGCUCAGGACCCGGCUGAGUAUGCGAGUGACGAGAAGAAAUGGUCUCGCCUGUCCAAAGAAAUCCUCGGCGAAGAGAGCAGCGACUCCGACGCGUCGAGCAGCGACAGCGAGGCAGAAGACGAGAGCGAGGAAGAAGAAGAGGAGGGAGAAAAGGCGACAGUGAAGAUUUUGGACAUGACUGACGCUGAGAUCAUCAACAUGCGAAAAACGAUCUAUCUCUGCAUCAUGUCGUCUCUGAACUUCGAAGAAUGCGUCCACAAAAUCCUCAAGAUGAACAUCCGGGAAGACUUGGUGAUGGAGGUCGUGAUUAUGUUGAUUGACUGCUGCGCGAUGGAACGGACGUUCCAACGCUUCUUCGCCCUGCAAGCGGAGAGACUUGCGCGGCUGAAUCCCCGAUACUCGGAGUGCCUUCAGGAAGCGAUGCGCAGGCAGUACCACACGGUACAUCGCCUGGAGACCACGAAGCUGCGCAACACGGCCAAGUUCUUCGCGCACCUUCUCUACACAGACGCCAUGCCUUGGUCGGUCAUGGAAGUUUUCAAACUCACGGAGGAGACCACGACUUCCUCUGGGCGUAUUUUCAUCAAAAUUCUCUUCCAGGAAAUGUCUGAACACCUCGGACUGAAGACGCUCAACGACAGAAUCCACAGCGAAGACAUGGAGCCCUACGUGGCGGGACUGUUCCCCACAGACCACCCUCGACAUCUGCGCUUUUGCAUUAACUUCUUCACAGCCACUGGUCUCGGCGGCCUCACAGACAAGCAUCGCCAACUUCUCGCCGAGCUGCAACAACGCGCUCAGCAGGAACAAGCGCUUGCGGCGGCCCAGGAAUCGAGCAGUUCCAGCUCCAGUUCGAGCAGUUCGAGUUCCUCCAGCGACUCGUCCUCGGACUCGUCUUCUUCCGACAGCUCAGACAGCGACUAA